CACAUGCAAAAUGGGAACAGGCAACAAAACUAAUCCUUAGCUAUCCAAAAGCCCAAAUGGAAGAUGGCCAGACUGUUGAAAGCUUCGCAAGACCAUUGUUAAGAGGCAAAUGUCCCAUGCGAGUGGAGGAGGACCCAUAGAUUUGUCUGACACAGACUCCCUACAGGCAUGGAUCAACAUGACUGGCUUCCUUUGUGCCCUUGGGGGAGUGUGCCUCCAGCACAGAAGUAAUUCUGGCCUGGCAACCUAUAGCCCACCCGUGGGUCCAGUCAGUGAACAUAAGGGUUCCGUGAUUUCAGUGAUGUCCUUGGAGGGAAAUGCAGAUACACCUGUCAGCAAAUACAUGGAUCAGCUGUUGUCGUUAAUGGUGUGUAACCAUGAGAAAGUGGUACUUCAAAUAUGGACCAAUGAUAAGGACCUGGUGGGUCUAGAAUUGAGUCCUGCUCUUUAUCUGGUGCUAUUUAACAAACUGAAGGAGACUAUCAGCAAGUUUUUUGACUCCCAAGGACAGGUUUUAUUGACUGAUACCAAUACUCAAUUUGUAGAGCAAACCCUAGCUAUAAUGAAGAACCUGCUAGAUAAUCAUACUGAAGGCAGCUCUGAACAUCUAGAGCAAGCUAGCAUUGAAACAACGAUGUUAAAUAUGGUCAG